UAUACAGCAGAAAACCUGGAGACUUCAGGAUUUUACUGGUGAAAAUGAGUAAAAUGAAAGACUAGAGCUCGUUGAAUAUGUCUGCUGUCGACAGAACAGGAGCACUGGAGCGUCAUUGGGAAAACAGACGUUCCAGAAAUCAGGAUUUCAAGCGUCCUUUGAGACUUCUGGCUCGGCCCAGGCAUCCCGUCGGCACGAGCACCUGGUCGCCUGACGGCUCCCGUUCUGCACAGCAUGCGCACAGGAGACCCGUUUAUGUGUCUUUUGUCAACAAGGCCAUCUUGUGGGAUAGAGGACUCUGCCACUUCAGCGCCCAGGCUCGUCCAGUUUGUCGUCCCUUGCUGUGUCCGCGGUUCCUGUCUCAUAUGAAAGCUCGUCCUGAAGACUUCAGACCUCCUUGUUUCCUGAGCACCAAGUCCAGAGCGCAGCCUCCUCCCCAGGGGAAGACGCUGCAUACACACGUCCUCGCCGCCCCAAAGACCCAAGUGCCGGAGGGAUCCGUCCGUCUCAGUCCAGACAGGAGAAGAAGAAGUGCUGUGCAGAACGAGAGACGGCGCUCUGCUGUUGUUGUUCCAUGUCCUCCUGUCCCCGCCGCCCCACCGCCAUCCACCAUCAAUCCAACACCCCCUCACCACAACACCCUGCCCCUCCACUCUGGAAGAAAAGAAAGCAACCCGAGCACUGUGCCAGCGUCUCCCUCCCUCUCUCAUCCCGCUCCAGAGGUGGAAGAUGAAUCUCAGGAGAGGGAGGAAGCAGCACGAGCUGCUGCGGCGUCCGUCAUCACGGAGCCGCACCGGGAGCUGCUGCACCCCGGGGCCGCUGGGUCAGAGCACCCGGCGUCACCGACCUCCCUCUCCCAGGGGUCGCUCUCAGAUUUAAGUCGUCCACCUUCCAGUUUAUUCAGCCGGAGCACCGACCUCACCAGCGGCAGGAGCAGCGUCCUGUCCGCAGAUAUCAGGGACUGGGACUCAGAGGGAGGUGGUUGUUUCCGCCCCCCCCAGCCUUCUCCAGUGGUGCAGUUACCUCCAGCUUCUCACCCUCCAGCUGGAUCCAACCCUCACCAAUCCCCAACGAUCACCAGCGCCAACCCUCCUCUCUACGAGCCGCUCUUCGGCCGAACCAAACCCCUCCCGUCUCGCUCGGCUUCAGGCCUCCACCCUGAUUCAGAUAAACCUCUGAGCAGAAGCACAAAAACAUCAGAGCAUCUGCACCCAGGUGCGGUGGUAGAUCCUGGUCUCGACCCCUCCUUGGACUCUGAUCAUGGCCGUGUUACACCGGCUUUCCCCUCAGCCACUUGGUCUUCCUGCCCAAGUCCCCAGAGGACCACUCCCCGCUCAGGAGCAAAGCUGACCCCUUCCCCUGCAGCGAGCGGGCUGGAGAGUCAUCGCUGGCCCGUCCUGCCGCCCAUCUCCCCCGUCAGAGGACGCUGUGGCACGGCAGCGUCACGCUACUCGGAGCUCAGCUGCAGUCGGUCUCAUGUGUUUGAUGAACUGGAGGCCAUCGCCCCUCGGUCUACUUCCUGUCCAUCUCAGGACCCUGCGUCAGACUCCUCAGGCUGCCCUUCACCUGAUACAGAGCUGUCUCCUGGCCUGGCAGCGCUGACGGUGGGCUGUGACUCAGGGAAUCUGGGCUCCCUGUCCCGGGUCCAGCUGCUCCUCUUGGACCGACCGGAGCCUGAGACCCUGGAGAGUCCCUGCGAUCCGGAGGAGGAGCUCUCCUCAGAGCAGGACUGGAUCAACCUGAGGAUGCAGUACGACCCAGGACUGACCUCAGAAGGUGUUGUGAGGCCCCUCACAGCUGGCAGCGUCUCUGAAAGGUGUGACUCCGCAGGGAAAGUCCGGGAAAACAAAUCGCAUCAGUCUGACGGAGGCUCCGGCUCACCAUCUUCAUGGAUCAUAGACCAGAGUCCAUCGUACGACAUGUUCAGAUCCUCGUAUUCUCCCUGCCCGUCCAAUCACAGUUCCAGCACAGAUGAAGGGGGCCCCACCGAGGAGGAGCCCAAUUAUCCAGGACAGAGGGGCCAAGUUGAGUCCUGGCACGGAGGGAGGAGCCCCGAGAGUCUCGAAAGGAGGAUGGACGAGAAGAAAACUAAGGUGCUGAACAUGCUUUCCAAACUGCAGGACGACACGCCUCGCAAGAACAGCAGCAGCAAAGGCUGCUCCAAUUUUGAAGACUUUGAAUUUUUGGCAAAGUAUUGCAUUUUCAGUCAGGAGAAGCUGGACGAGUACAAAAGAGCUUUUCAAGCAGAGGACAGUGAUGGUGACGGUUACAUCUCCUGCCUUCAGGUUCUACUUGCUCUUAAAAACAUCAUCCCUCCCGAGCUGCUGUCUGACGAAGAGGAGAUCUACGUCUACAGGAUCCUGGAGAUGGUGGACUUCAGGGUGACAGAUGGGCUCGUGGACCUGAGGCUCUUCGCUGUGAUUGCGAGCCUGGCGCAGAAAAUAGCCGCCAUGGAUGAGUUCAUGCGGUCGCUCGUCAGCAGUAUGGACUUCCGCUCUCUGGAAGUGAGGCUCUUCAAAGCGAAGCAACUGUUCCUGUUCCUCCUGGAGGAGCAGCGAGGAGACGCAGGAGCGCAGCAGGGAUUCAUCAGCGCAGAGCAGCUGCUGCUGGAGCUGAAGGCCGGGGGGAUCCAUGUGGAGCAGGAGGCGGCCAUCAGACUGGAGCUCCAGCACAUUCCCCCGCUGGACCUGCUGGACUUCCUGGCCUACCUGCCCCUCUUCAUGCUCAUUCACAAGUCGGUCAUCUCCAACCCUUUCAAUGACUCCGGCACCUCAGCCACGACUCAGUCGGCCCCGUGAGGCUCAGGUAUCAGCGCCACUGCCACCGCACGCAUCACUGCUGUAGUGAACACAACAGGUUACAUUAAGGGGAGUGAACUGGGCACUGAAGUCAUUUUUUCACCCCUGUCGUCAUCUUUAAGGCCGGGUGACACCAACAUUUAAAGUGGCAGUUUCACUUCAUUCCAACAAGAUGGCUCCUCAGUGGAUUGUAUUACCAGGGAUGAAGUAAAGCCACAUUCAUGUCGUGUUGUUUAAAUUGUGGGUUCACGUCGGCCUCCGACUUGUAAUCCCGAGUUGGAGGUGUCAGGGAUUUCUGAAACCAACUCAAUCUCCCGUUUCACGUUGUGAAAAGAGCUAUAGACGUGCCAGAACAGAAACCCGUGUGAUUAUGCGAAGCAAUCAGUGCACACAUGCUGUUCAAAAGCCAGUGAUCACGCUUUUGUGUUUCAAGCACUAGACGUGAAUCAACCUGAGAUCUUCCACAAAAUGGCUUCAUUAACGCACUAACAACAAAAGACAUGAAUACACGGUGAACAGUAAUUUACCGAAACGUCACAGUAAAGCUCUUUUGUACUUUAAAAGAGCUACAUACAGGUUUUGCUAUUGCUAC